UCUUAUUUUGCUUCUAGUUGCCAUCCUCAAAGGACUGACUAAAAGCAAGCAAUUGGAUUGAACACCCUAAGAAGAAAGAUUUGCACUGCACCAGGAGACAUUAGAAAGAAUGGAAACUCUGCCGCUGUUUGUGUGCAUCUGUGCACUGAGUGCUUGCUUCUCGUUCAGUGAAGGUCAUAAAAGGGGUCACGAACUACAGCACAGAAGGCAUUAUCACCAUUUUCCUGAACAUCACUUUAAAUUUCCACAUCAUUCUGGACCGCUACCUCACCAGCAGCCAGUCCAUAAAAUCCCCCAUAAGUGUCUACACAAACGCUGCAGGCCUAAGCCUCCGCCUUCACCUAUUUACCCCCCACACAAAUUCCCACAUCCUCACCAGCCACAUAAAUGUCCAGAUAAAAAUAACAGUGUGGUCACCCACACCACAGUGGCUACAACCCAAAUUCCAUCUACAAGUUCCCCAUCUGCUUCCACCAAAAUUACUACCCUUCCAAAUGUGACUCCUCUUCCUCAAAAUGCUACCACCACAUCUUCAGGAGAAAAUGCUCACCCAAGCUCUCCUGUAACUACAUUAACACCAGAGAAUUCCUCAGCUCCAACAGAGGCCACAACUGCUCCAUCCACACCUUCUACAACUACGCCAGCUCCACCACCUUCCUCAACUCCACAGGAGACCACAGCUGCCUCACCCACACCUUCUGCAACUACACCAGCUCCACCACCUUCUUCAACUCUACAGGAGACCACAGCUGCCCCAUCCACAUCUUCUGCAACUACACCAGCUCCACCACCUUCCUCAACUCCACAGGAGACCACAGCUGCCCCAGUUAUAGUCACUACUCAAACUACUACUUCUAACCAGCCAACUACAGCUGCCACCCAAACUAAAAUUUCUCAAUUUCUUUUAUAUCUAAAGAAUCUACUAAACCAAAUGAUUGAUAAAGCAGUGGAGAAAUAGUAUAUGAUAUGUUGUAAAGUGUUCUGUCUUUUCAAGAUGUGAUUUAUGAGUGCAGAACUACCAUCUUUACUUUUAGCACCAAUCCCAAGAUGAAAUUUUAUUACUCAAAUUUAAAGCACUACCACUAACCUUUCAAACUAAUUAUUCACCACCACAAGACCUAUUAACAGUACAAAAUGCCUCUAUCCCACAAGCCAGGUGCAGGUCUGAGAUUCAAAAUCACUCUUUGGGGCCUGCAGAGAUAGUCUACCAAGGGCAGAGAAAGUCCUUAGAUAAAGAGAGAAUAUUGUAUGGGUCAUCAAACAUUUACUUCUCCCUAAAUGUUGGAAACUACAAGAUCACUACCUUGUACCCCCAUCAAAAUCCCACCUGAACCAUCUAAUCCUAUAAAUAUAAAGGGAUAAAGUUGGAUCUCUCCAGAUGAACAAAGACAUCUAAAUAUCUGUAGAUAUAAACAUUUAUCUAGCUAAAUCUAUUGGUAGACCUGUCAUUGAUUAAUGACAAACCCUUUAGAUAAUUAUUUUUAAUUUUAAAUAAAAUUGUAUUUCACAAAAUGUGAGCCAAGAAAGGGGAAAGUUGAUUCGAAGUGAAGAUUAGAAAUGAAUAAUAAAAGCCAAGCAUGAACCAAGACUGGCACUAUUUUUCCGAGUGUAUAUAAUUGUUUAAACUGCAAGGUUGACAUUUAUUACAUUGUAUCUAAGUUAACUUAGAUCUGAUGUGCUUGAUUCUAGCCUCUGUAAACCAUAAGAAUAUAACUUUGUAUGUUCACAUGGUGCUCACAAUAUUUCACUCUCGAUUCAAUUAAUUCACAUAAAUUCCAUGUGAAAUGUAUUCAACAAUGGAAUAUUUUCUAAAACACUUAAUAUAUAUUUGCAUGUAUUUUAAAACAUGCCAAACUACUGCUUUAAUGCCAAAUUUGCAGAAUUGUCUCUGAAAAUAAAAGCCCCGACUUUAGUUGUAAAAGAAUAAAAGUUAGCUACUUGGUAUAUGGAGAUGUUCAUUUGGGAUGUGGAGGCAUUUUUAUCUUCUGUCACUACUGCUUAAAACUCUGAUGAUUAUGUUUAAUUUUUUGCUAACUAAUAAAGAUUUCAAAUGGCAAUUUA